GCGGAGACUGUGGAACUCUUCCUCUUUGGCUCCUGCUUCCUGAUGUCAGUUAUGGAACAUGCUCAAGACCAUGAAGCACCGCUUGAGCGAACGCAGAGGUAUUAUGUGGAAAGACCAGUGUACACCCAAGAGCUCCUGCAAGGACAGCUGCACAGACGGGAGAGAGCACCUCAGACUUUAGGGCAGAGGAUUGCACGUUCUUGUCGUUGUUCUUCUAAGAAAGCCAAGUCUCAUCUUUACAGUUUCCUACCAAUUUUACAAUGGCUUCCCCGUUACCCAGUGAAGGAAUACUUACCAGGAGACAUUAUCUCAGGUAUAAGCACUGGGGUCAUGCAGCUUCCUCAAGGUUUAGCCUAUGCUUUGCUGGCAGCUGUUCCCCCAGUUUUUGGCCUGUAUUCUUCAUUUUAUCCUGUCUUUCUAUAUACUUUUUUUGGAACCUCCAGGCACAUAUCCAUAGGUACCUUUGCAGUGAUUAGUAUGAUGGUUGGUGGUGUUGCUGUGAGACAAGUGCCUGAUGAAAUUAUUUCUGUAGGCUAUAACUCUACCAACCUUACAGACACCCUUGAAUAUUACCAUGCUAGGGACACCAAGAGGGUACAGGUAGCUGUGACUCUCGCCUUUCUUUCAGGAAUUAUCCAGCUGUGUUUAGGUCUCCUUCGAUUUGGAUUUGUAGCCAUCUAUCUGACGGAGCCUUUGGUGCGAGGAUUCACUACUGCAGCUGCGGUCCAUGUCUUCACCUCCCAGUUAAAGUAUCUCCUAGGCAUUAAGACUAACAGAUACAGUGGGCCCCUCUCAGUUAUAUAUAGCAUAGUUGCUGUGCUUUCAAAAAUCACCACCACCAACAUCGCUGCCCUGGUUGUUGGACUGACGUGCAUUGUUCUGCUGUUGAUUGGCAAGGAAAUCAAUCUCCGCUUUAAGAAGAAGCUCCCAGUUCCUAUUCCCAUGGAGAUAAUUGUGGUAAUUAUUGGCACAGGAGUUUCAGCUGGCAUGAAUCUGAGUGAGUCCUACAGAGUGGAUAUUGUUGGGACUAUUCCUCAAGGGUUACGUGCACCAGCAGUUCCUGAGAUUGAGCUCAUCCCAGCAAUAUUUGUGGAUGCAAUAGCAAUAGCAAUAGUUGGAUUUUCAAUGGCUGUAUCAAUGGCCAAGAUCUUUGCUCUUAAACAUGGUUACACCACUGAUGGGAAUCAGGAACUUAUUGCCUUGGGAAUAUGCAACUUUGUGGGCUCAUUUUUCCAGAGCUUUUCUAUCACUUGCUCAAUGUCUCGGAGUCUUGUUCAGGAAAGCACAGGUGGGAAAACUCAGAUUGCAGGUGCUCUCUCUUCAAUUAUGGUUCUGUUGGUAAUUGUGGCCAUUGGAUACCUCUUUGAACCACUUCCACAGACAGUGCUGGCUGCAAUUGUCAUGGUGAACCUGAAGGGGAUGUUUAAACAGUUUGGAGACAUUGCACACUUCUGGAGAACCAGUAAGAUUGAGCUGGCCAUCUGGAUGGUAGCUUUUGUGGCUUCCCUGUUGCUGGGCCUAGACUAUGGUUUGCUCACUGCAGUAGCGUUUGCCAUGAUAACCGUUAUUUACCGAACACAAAGCCCUCAGUACAGACUCCUUGGUCCGAUCCCUGGCACUGACAUCUACUGCGAUGUGGAGGAGUACGAAGAGGUUCAAGAAUAUCCUGGAAUAAAAAUAUUUCAAGCUAAUGCAUCACUUUAUUUUGCCAAUAGUGAGUCAUACACAAGUGCACUGAAGAAGAAGACUGGAGUGGACCCUUGCGCCCUAUUAGCAGCCAGGAGAAAAGCCCAGAAGAGGCAUGCCAGGGAGCUGAAGGCAGCAAAUGCACAGAGAAAGCAAGUGGUGCUGAAGCUAACUAACGAUGUGGAAGCAAGUUUAAAACAUGAGAUAGCAAAUGAUGAGUUACCUGUCAAUGGAAAGUUUGGAUCUGCAGAUGCUGGUGUUCAAGAUGUGUCUCCUGACGAGCAUCAAAAUUUUGUGGAGCCCAAACCAAGCAUCCACUCUUUAAUUCUGGAUUUCACCCCGGUCAACUUUGUGGAUUCAGUAGGAGCAAAAACACUAAAAUCAAUUAUAAAAGAAUACAAGGAAGUUGGUAUCUCUGUCUGCAUUGCCAGCUGCAGUGGCCCUGUUGUGAAGGAGCUGACAAGACUGAAUUUCUUUGAUACCACUGUAACACGAGAGCUGCUGUUUCACAGUAUUCAUGACGCUGUCCUUGCUUGCCAAGUAGACAGGGCUGCUUCACAGACUCACUUUGACCGCUGAAGAGUGGCAUCGAGCAGGAUGGAAACCUG